AAAGCCGCGCAUGCGUAACAACGAGGCCUGGCUUCUCAGUUCGCCGUUGAAACCUUGUCGGUGGAUAGUGUGGGAGGGGGAAGGAGAAACGUCUCGGCAAUAACGCGCGUGCGACGGCAGCAACAGCGACGACGGGGAGAGAGUGAGCGACAGACGGAGAGUGUUUUAACCGUCGCCAUUUCUGUCAGCCCGGACCCAUGAUUCCCAUAUGCCCGGUAGUCUCUUUCACCUAUGUGCCCAGCCGGCUGGGGGAAGAUGCCAAAAUGGCCACCGGCAACUACUUCGGAUUCACCCACACCGGGGCUGCUGCCCAGUAUAGCCAGCAGCCAGCUUCAGGUGUAGCUUAUUCCCAUCCAACUACAGUUGCAAGCUACACUGUCCAUCAGGCUCCUGUAGCUGCGCACACAGUUACUGCUGCCUAUGCCCCCGCAGCAGCAACAGUUGCAGUAGCCAGGCCUGCUCCAGUGGCUGUUGCAGCUGCUGCAACAGCUGCAGCCUAUGGAGGUUACCCUACAGCACACACAGCAACUGACUAUGGUUACACACAGAGACAACAAGAAGCUCCGCCGCCGCCACCUCCAGUCACUACACAAAAUUACCAGGACUCCUAUUCGUAUGUUAGAUCCACGGCCCCAGCUGUAGCUUAUGACAGCAAGCAAUAUUAUCAGCAACCCACAGCAACUGCAGCUGCAGUGGCAGCUGCAGCACAACCUCAGCCUUCUGUAGCUGAAUCGUACUACCAAACAGCUCCAAAAGCUGGAUAUAGCCAAGGAGCAACACAGUAUACUCAAGCCCAGCAAACUCGACAGGUGACAGCCAUAAAACCAGCCACUCCAAGUCCGGCUACCACUACUUUCUCCAUAUAUCCCGUAUCUUCCACUGUGCAACCAGUUGCAGCUGCAGCUACUGUUGUUCCCUCAUAUACCCAAAGUGCUACAUACAGUACAACAGCGGUUACAUACUCGGGUACAUCUUACUCUGGCUAUGAGGCUGCGGUCUAUUCAGCUGCAUCAUCGUAUUAUCAACAACAACAGCAGCAGCAGAAACAGGCGGCGGCAGCUGCUGCUGCCGCUGCUGCUACAGCCGCCUGGACAGGGACCACCUUUACUAAAAAGGCACCAUUCCAAAAUAAACAGUUGAAACCCAAACAACCUCCCAAACCACCCCAGAUCCACUAUUGUGAUGUUUGUAAGAUCAGCUGUGCUGGACCACAGACUUACAAAGAACAUUUGGAGGGACAGAAACAUAAAAAGAAAGAAGCGGCGUUGAAAGCAUCACAGAACACCACCAGCAACAGUUCUUCUGCUCGUGGAACUCAGAACCAACUACGCUGUGAGCUCUGUGAUGUGUCUUGUACGGGAGCUGAUGCCUAUGCUGCUCAUAUCCGUGGAGCCAAGCAUCAGAAAGUGGUUAAGCUGCACACUAAACUUGGUAAACCCAUUCCUUCAACUGAACCAAAUGUUGUCACCCAGGCUACGUCUGCAGCUUCUUCUUCCAAACCAACGGCUGUCUCUUCAAAUAUUGCAAGUAGCAGUAGCACUGUGAAUUCUUCUGCUGCAUCUUUGGCAGUGAAAAUUCUCACUCCCUCUGCCAAUGUGCUGCUUAGUACAACAUCUAACAACAAAGCAACAAUAGUUCCAGCUAACAUUGCUGUAAAAAAGAUAUCUACACCCAAAAUCAACUUUGUUGGUGGCAAUAAGUUACAGACAACAGGAAGCAAAGUGGAUGAAUUAAAAGCAGUAGAAAAUAUCAAGACUACUCCUUCUGUUGCUGCAGUGCAAACGCAGGAAGUUAAAUCCGAAACAUCCACAGAACCUGUAACUCCUACUACUCUUGCUGCUUUGCAAAGUGAUGUCCAGCCAGUGGGUCAUGACUAUGUGGAAGAGGUACGAAACGAUGAAGGGAAGGUGAUUCGUUUCCAUUGCAAACUUUGUGAAUGCAGUUUUAAUGAUCCAAAUGCCAAGGAGAUGCAUCUAAAAGGAAGGCGACAUAGAUUACAAUAUAAGAAAAAAGUAAACCCAGACUUGCAAGUAGAAGUGAAGCCUAGCAUCCGGGCAAGGAAGAUACAAGAAGAAAAGAUGAGAAAGCAGAUGCAGAAAGAAGAAUAUUGGAGAAGGCGUGAAGAAGAGGAGCGGUGGAGAAUGGAAAUGAGACGUUAUGAGGAGGACAUGUACUGGAGGAGAAUGGAAGAAGAACAGCAUCAUUGGGAUGAUCGCCGUAGAAUACCUGAUGGAGGAUAUCCUCAUGGACCUCCAGGCCCUCUUGGACUUCUUGGUGUUAGGCCCGGGAUGCCACCACAGCCCCAGGGACCAGCUCCUCUGCGUCGACCAGAUUCAUCAGAUGACCGUUAUGUAAUGACCAAACAUGCUGCUAUCUAUCCAACUGAAGAGGAACUCCAAGCAGUUCAGAAGAUUGUUUCUAUCACUGAGCGUGCACUGAAACUUGUAUCUGAUAAUAUGACUGACAAUGAAAAAAGCAAGAGCAAGGAAGGAGAUGAGAAAAAAGAGGGCAGUAAGGAUAGAGCUUUGAAAGGAGUCUUACGAGUGGGAGUGUUGGCUAAAGGCUUGCUUCUCCGGGGAGACCGAAAUGUCAAUCUUGUCUUGCUAUGUGCAGAGAAACCCACAAAGACAUUGCUGAGCCGUAUUGCUGAAAGUCUGCCCAAGCAACUUGCCGUAAUAAGCCCUGAGAAAUAUGAAAUAAAGUGUGCUGUACAAGAAGCAGCAAUCAUCUUGAAUUCAUGUGUGGAACCGAAAAUGCAAGUGACCAUCACAUUGACAUCACCAGUAAUUCGGGAAGAGAACAUGAGGGAUGGAGAUGUAACCUCGGGUAUGGUGAAAGACCCACCGGACGUCUUGGACAGGCAAAAAUGCCUUGACGCUCUGGCUGCUCUACGCCACGCUAAGUGGUUCCAGGCUAGAGCUAAUGGUCUGCAGUCCUGUGUCAUUAUCAUACGUAUUCUUCGUGAUCUCUGUCAGCGAGUUCCCACUUGGACUGACUUUCCAAGCUGGGCAAUGGAGUUAUUAGUAGAGAAGGCAAUUAGUAGUGCUACUGGACCACAAAGUCCUGGGGAUGCCUUAAGAAGAGUGUUUGAGUGUAUAUCUUCAGGAAUUAUCCUUAAAGGAGGUCCUGGCCUUCUUGACCCUUGUGAAAAAGAUCCUUUCGAUACACUUGCUUUAAUGACAGAUCAGCAACGAGAAGAUAUUACCUCAAGCGCACAGUUUGCAUUGAGACUUCUUGCAUUCCGUCAAAUUCAUAAAGUUUUAGGAAUGGAUCCUUUGCCUCAGAUGAACCAGCGCUUCAGUAUCCACAACAAUCGUAAAAGGAGAAGGGACAGUGAUGGAGUUGAUGGAUUUGAAGCAGAGGGUAAAAAAGAUAAGAAGGACUAUGAUAACUUCUAAAAAAGAAGUGCAUAUAUUCAGUGUUAAUGAUGAUUUGUCAGAUUUUUUUUCUUAAUGUCUGUCUAAAAACAUCCCCCAAAGGUAGAAAAAUUACUUUUGUGUGGCAUUCACACAGACGAAUUAUGGUGGAAAGAGAUUAAAAAUGAAAACUGUAUUCUGAUUUAUUUGUUUUAGCCCACCCUCAUUGUUUGUGUUCUAACAUAUAACUCUUGUUUUCUGUUCUUUACGUUAACUGGUACACUGUGUACUUAAAUUGUACUGUAUUUAAUACAGAGUUAUGUGCUUCAGUUGCUUUAUGUACUUUACUAUUCUACUUAGAAUUUUUAGUUACCUUUAACACAAGCUGUAAGUUGUUUUGCAUUAGAAUUGGUAAAUACAGAUCCUCCUUCGCUUAAUAUUUUAUAGCAGAACCCUUUUUUGUAAAGUGGGGCUGCAGGAUUAUUUCUCUUAAAUGUGAAGUGUUAACACACACUUAUCCUGCUAUUUAAGUGCUUUCAAUUAAAUGUUUCUGCCAAUUUCAUGGCAUUUGUCUCUCUAGUGAUAUAAUGGUGUAAUUAAGACAGAUUUGUGUUACUCUAAUCAGGUUUGUUGUUAGUUACGCAUUAGGAAUAUAAAUGCUAAACGUAUACAGUAUGGACUUGCACCAAUUUUAGCAAUUGCAUAAUUGAUCAAAAAUUGCAUGACUUUGUUUUUAAUAGAAGGGCUUUUAAGAAGUAUUGUUUUAGUUUUCAUGCCUAGGUCUUUAAUUGACUUUGACAUAGCAAGGCCAAAAAAUAACUUUCUGAAAUUUUGCUGAAUAUGUAAGCAAGGGCAUUUUCUCCAUUUGGACAGAGUUGGCUAAUUGUUUUCAGAAAGUUUUAUCGGUAUGGCACUAAUGCCAUUAGCUCUUACUUAAAAUAAUUGUUUGCCAUAUCAUUGCCUGUGAGAUUGCCCUUUUCGCUGUUUCUGUACAAAAUUAUUAACAGAUUUUCUUUUAAGUCUAAAACCUGAAGGUAGAUAACAAUAUUCCUGAUAAAUUGAAGGCUAUAAAAGAAAAUUGCAGAAAAUUAUUUAUGGCCAUAGUGUAUGCUUAUGUCUCCUUCAAACAGCUAAAUAGUAUAGCAGUGGUGUAAUUCAGGUCUACAUCUGGCUGUUGAUGUAUGCUCUGGUACACAGGUGUGAUUUGUUACAGCACUACAGUUGAAUACACAAAUAAAGACUAAAAUCUA